AUGCGGGUCGUGGGGGCGCACAGUGCGGGUGUUACGGGGCUGGCGGGGGUCCCCCAUGUCCCCUCGGUGUUUUUGUCAUUGCUGGGGGGCCCGUCGGGGUCACCCGGUUCACUCACCUGCUCCUCUCUGGUCAGACGUGUCCAGGGUCUGGACAUGAGCUCCCAGCGGGCGCCGCAGGCUCGGAGGUUCCCCAUCGAGGCGGGAGAUUGUCCCAGCUCAGCCGUGCCCCCCGAAACGCAGGAGCCGGUGGGCGCCGAGCAGGCUGUGGGGAGGCAGCUGCGGCGAUGUCCCGGCAGCCACUGCCUGACGCUGCCCAACGUCCCCAUUGACGUGUUCAUCGCCAUGGGAGGGACUGGCCGGCCCCGCACCACCUAAUGGCCCCCGCGCUGUGCUGGCCGCAGCCAGGCCCAGCACCGCGGAGCUGCCGAGGACACAGAUUGGUGACGGACUUUGUAAUAAAAGGACGUCUUGGAGCGUUUCU